AUGUCUACGUUCCUUCGACCGAAGGGAAAAAUUUCUAACCUCAAGUCGCUCCUCGACCCGAGCAUUUCAUUGUCCUACAAAGAAACACAUAUCUGCGAAACCACUCCUGACGUCAAGUCAUAUAGUGGCUACGUGAACCUUCCUCCAAACCCUGCCGAGGGGCGCGAUUACCCUAUUCACACAUUCUUUUGGUUCUUCGAAGCUCGAAAGGACCCCGCCAAUGCUCCAUUCUCUCUUUGGCUUCAAGGAGGUCCCGGUGCGCCUUCUAUACCUGCUGCGUUAGGCGAAAACGGUCCUUGCUUUGUCACACCUGAUUCCAAGGGAACUAUUCUUAAUCCUUGGUCUUGGAACAACGAAGUCAAUAUGCUCUACAUCGAUCAGCCAGUCCAGGUCGGUUUCUCUUAUGAGACCAUCGUCAAUGGCACGAUCGACGAGACAGUAUCACCAUUCAGCGUGACGGCUUACGAUGGCGCAACCCUGGAAUCUCUUGAGACGAACUCGACUCUCCUGAGUGGCAGAUUUGCAUCUCAAGGGCCUUUGUCAACAGCAAACAGUACAAUGUCUGCUGCUCGUGCCAGUUGGCACUUCAUGCAGAUAUGGAUGCAAGAGUGCGCUGCCCACAUUCUCUGGUCUCUGGAGGUUUGUGCUGACGAUCCCAAUCAUGACAGGUUCCCGAAAUACCGGCCAAAGGACAACGAAUUCAGCAUCUGGGGCGAAAGCUACGCCGGUCACUACGCUCCCACGUUCGCUGAUUUCUUCCUCGCACAAAAUAAGCUUGUUGCAAAUGGAACUCUCGAUAGCUCUGCCGUUCCCUUACGCCUCGAUACCGUCGGUCUCGUCAAUGCCUGCAUUGACAUCGAGACUCAGGUGCCCCUCUACCCUCAGAUGGCCUAUAAUAACACAUACGGACUCCAAAUCAUCAACGAGACCGAGUACAAAUCUGCUGUGGAAAGUUUUCCAGCUUGUCGGAAGAUGGUGGAAACGUGUCGGUCUCUCGCCGAGGAACAUGACCCGUUUGGAUUCGGGAAUGUGACAGACGUGAACAAGGCAUGCAGUGAUGCUUUCGAGUUUUGCUUCGGGACCAUGUGGGAUAGUUACAAUAAUUAUGGACGAAAUGUGUUUGAUAUCACGGCCAAGCUCCCAGAUUCCUUUCCACCGAAAUAUGCCGCCGGAUACCUGAACCGCAGAGAUAUUCAAUCCCACCUUGGCGUUCUUCUCAAUUUCACGGGAAUGUCUGAGGCCGUAAGUAACGGAUUCACUGCGACUGGAGAUUUCGUUCUCGGACACAACCUCGCCGCCCUGGGGAAGUUCCUGGACCAAGGCAUCAAAGUUGCUCUGAUGUACGGUGAUCGAGAUUAUCAAUGCAAUUGGCUAGGAGGCGAGCAAAUUAGUUUGGCGAUAGAUUCCGACAAUACCCUCAAAUUUCACCAGGCUGGAUAUGCCAAUAUUCAAGUAAAUGAAACAUACGUUGGAGGAGUCGUCCGACAGUAUGAAAACUUGUCCUUUUCACGGGUUUUUGGAGCAGGUCACGAGGCCUCCUGGUACCAACCGGAAACAGCAUAUCGGAUUUUCAACCGCGUCAUGUCGAACGUUGAUGUUGCUACCGGGAAAUUUUCUACUCGUGGAACAUCGUACUCAAGCAAGGGCCCAAGCUCUAGUUUCGCAAUCAAGAACACCAUACCUACCCAUCCAGCACGGACAUGUUACUUCUGGGAUAUCCUGGAGACAUGUACACCGUCACAGACUGAGAUGAUCCGCAAUGGUUCUGCAAUCCUGGAAGACUUUGUCAUGGUCGGCUACCAGCUAGUCAACGGGACCAUCAACUAUUAUUAG